AAGAGGGGUUAGAUGGGAUGUGUAUUUAAUUAAGCUAAAAUAUUUUGUCUUACGAAUCAUGGGGAGAAAGUUUCUACUUAAUAGAAGAUGGACAUUUAAAGUCAAAUUUUCCAAGAGUGAAAUAGUUUGCACUAAGAAGUACUGGGGUAUUCGAACAAAUUAUGAACAGUUUAUAUAGCUGGGGAAGAAGGUAUUGCAAUAUUGGAUGAGUUGUUGGACCUGAUGCCAUAAGUUUCUUAAAAAUCUUGAUAUUCAAUGGUUUUCCAAAAAUAUAGAUUAAAAAUUCUUCAUUUCGUUCUUCCAGCUACACAGAUGAUGUGAAAGGAAGGCAAUGGAAAGAUCCAAUGACAGUUCAGAGCAUGGCUUUAUCUUGGUGGGCUUCUCUGAUCGCCCCAGGCUGGAGAUGAUCCUCUUCAUAGUAAAUUUUACUCUGUACUCAGUGGCUGUGUUAGGAAAUUCAACCAUCAUCCUUGUGUGUAUAUUAGACCCCAGACUUCAUACCCCAAUGUACUUUUUUCUGGCAAACCUUUCCUUUCUGGAUCUUUGCUUCAGUACUAGUUGCAUUCCACAGAUGCUGGUAAACCUCUGGGGCCCUGAUAAGACUAUCAGUUAUGCUGGCUGUGUUGUCCAACUUUUCUCUUUCCUGUCUGUUGGGGGAACAGAGUGCAUUCUUUUGGCCAUCAUGGCCUAUGACCGCUAUGCUGCAGUCUGCAAACCUCUGCACUAUCUGGUCAUUAUGCACCCCCAGCUGUGUUUAAGAUUGGUGGCUGUGGCCUGGGGGAGUGGCCUGGUCAAUGCCAUUGUUAUGUCCCCAUUAACAAUGACUCUUUCCAGAUGUGGCCGGCGCCAAGUUAACCAUUUCCUCUGCGAAAUGCCAGCACUGAUCAAGAUGGCUUGUGUGGAUGCUCGGGCAGUGGAAAUGCUGGCCUUUACCUUUGCCAUUCUCAUUGUUCUGCUACCCCUCACUCUUAUUCUUGUCUCCUAUGGCUACAUCGCUACAGCAGUGCUGAGGAUCAAGUCAGCGACUGGUCGACAGAAGGCCUUCAAUACCUGUAGCUCUCACCUCACGGUGGUCUCCCUGUUCUAUGGGAGCAUCAUCUAUAUGUAUAUGCAGCCAGGAAACAGCUCCUCCCAAGACCAAGGCAAGUUUCUCACCCUCUUCUACAACCUGGUGACUCCCAUGUUGAAUCCGCUCAUCUACACGUUAAGAAAUAAGGAAGUGAAGGGGGCACUGAAGAAAGUUUUGGGGUGGCAGCAAUGAACAGGAUAUGUACAAUAAGUUAUGAAAAUCCUAAGCAAAAUACUUUUUCUAAACACUACCAUUCAUUUUGUGCUUAUAAUAAAUCCAACCAAUGUAUCAAACACUCUUGGAUUUUUUUUUAAUAUGAAUAAAUAGGCUGAAGUGUAUUUAAACAAAGGAAUUACAUUCAAAGUCAAAGUUAAUCAACCGUAACUACAUAUAAUAUGGAUGGAUCUUAGCGAAAUAAUAUUUACUAAAAGA